CGCGGGCCGUGUUUUGCGGCGGCGAGUUAUGUGCGGGACGCGGCUACCCGUGACGCUGCGUCCUGCGGGAAGGGGGCGCGGGCCCAGGCUAGAGAUAGAUACAUGACGACCCUGGACUCAGCUGCAUGGACUCAGCUUCUCCGACAGGACAACGUGGGGCCACAACUGUGCCUUGGAGUGUGAUGAUGCCGGCCAGCGCUGAGGGCCCCUCGGAGAGUGUCUUUGACCUGGACUAUGCCUCCUGGACAAUUCGCUUGACAUUGGUGGGCGCCGGCUUUAUCUUCUACCUGGGUGUCUUUGUGGUCUGCCACCAGCUCUCCUCAUCCCUAAACGCCACCUACCGCUCUCUGGUGGCCAGAGAGAAGGUCUUCUGGGACCUGGCAGCCACGCGUGCCGUCUUUGGUGUCCAGAGCACAGCUGCGGGCCUUUGGGCCCUGCUGGGGGACCCAGUGCUGCAGCAGGACAAGGCACUUGGGCAGCAGAACUGGUGCUGGUUUCACAUCACCACCGCCACUGGGUUCUUCUUCUUUGAGAACGUCGCUGUGCACCUGUCCGGUCUGCUCUUCCACAGCCUUGAUGUGUUCCUGGUCAUCCACCACCUCUUUGCCUUCCUGGGCUUCCUGGGGUUGGUGACUAACCUGGGAGCUGGCCACUACCUGGCCAUGACUACCCUACUCCUGGAGAUGAGCACCCCUUUCACUUGUACUUCCUGGAUGCUGCUGAAGGCUGGCUGGUCUGACUGCCUCUUCUGGAAGCUCAAUCAGUGGCUGAUGAUCCAUAUGUUCCAUUGCCGUAUGGUGCUCACCUAUCAUAUGUGGUGGGUGUGCUUCUGGCACUGGGAUGGCCUCAUUGCCAGCCUCUACCUGCCCCACUUCGCCCUCUUCCUCGUGGGGCUAGCCCUGCUCACGCUCGUUCUCAAUCCGUACUGGACCCACAAGAAGACACAGCAGCUUCUCAAUCCAGUGGAUUGGAACUUUGCACAGCCCGCAGCCAAGGGCAGCUGGCUCGAGGGAACCAAUGGACAGGUGCUGCAGAAGAAGAGGCUGUAGCUCCCCUGGCAUUGGGCACUGCCCAUAAGGACUUUGGCUGCACCAGGUGGCAGAUAUCGCCCAUCUAGCUCUAAGUGAACACUAACCUGCUGCUUGUUCCUAUCAGUUGUCAAGUAGCUGCAAGGAUGUCUCAGAGCUUGGGGCCAACUGCUGACUGGCGCCUGAGCUGCCCAGGUUGGAGAUGUUUGGUAUUAAGGACAGAAGCCUAUGGUGUCCUGGUUGCUGAAGAAGGACGUGCUUGGCCAUCUUUAUGUGAGAUGUGUCAUAGAGGGCUUGUCUCAUGUGCAUGUCUUUUGUUUUGAGGCAUUAUAUCCUUUUUAUUUGGAAGAAAUGGACCUAAGAAAAUAACCCAAUUUGUUACCCUACUAAAA